GGGUAAAGCUAAAGAUGAUGCCACCCAUUACGCUUACAAUUCAACAUCAACCAACUUCCUCCUUUAAUUCUAAUACUAUGUAAACGUAUUUUCAUUAUAAUUAAAUUGUUAAAAGUCAAACUUUUUUUCAAUAAAUAGAAAUCAAGCGAAGAAAAUAUAAGCAUUAUGCUGAGAACUUAGGUAGAACACAACAAAUACAAUCUUAUUGUAAUAUCAAUUUUAAGGGCCAACAAUCACAAAUAUUAUUCCAAAUUAUACCAAAGAAAAAUGGAGCUAUUGCAAAUGCAAUCGCCUUCAUCAAUAGAGUUUGAUUUCAACAGCAGCCGGGCAUCUCCCUGUGGAAGCUCUCCAUCGACUCCUAAGGGGUUCAGAGAUUACUACUUUAGUGCGCCAACAAGUCCAGCUCGAUCCAUAGGGAUCUAUCAUGAAGUUGAGCAAUUUUCCAAGGUUAGUAACUACACGAGAGGUGAUACAUCUACCUCUGAUUUAUCAUUUGAUUUCCCAUUUGCUACAAAGACAGAAUCCAAAUCCCUUGUAAAGCCUCUGCCUUUUGAACGGCACAAACUAGAAUCCAUAGAUAGUCCUCUUUUAUCUCCACAUUCAACCAAAUUACAGCAAAAGAAGAGUUUUUGGAGCGUGUUUUCACCAAAGCGAAAGAAGGAAUCAGAACCUGAUAAACCUGCAGUUGACAAUGAGGGAACAAGAAUUAAAAAGAAAGGAAGAGAACGAGCAAGAGAGAGAGCGGUUUCAGCUUUAUCUGACUCUAGGAAUGGAAGGAGAGUGAUAAGGUCACUUUCUCCACCACGGGAAUCUAAGUAUCCAUGGGAACAAGAGCAGAAUACAGAAGAAAUCGCCUCCGCUUCAAAGCCAACUUCAUCUCCAUCAACAUUGUCCACUUCUUCUAAAGGAAGUAAAAAGUGGAGGUUAAAAGAUCUGUUCUUGUUUCGUAGUGCAUCAGAAGGACGAGCAUCAGAGAAAGAUCUUGUGAAGAAAUAUUCAUAUGUGCAUAGGAAACACGAAGUUGCCAAUAACCCAGGAUCACCAUCAUCAGCACAAGGCUCCUCGAGUAUAAUUCCUGCUCGAAGAGGACCGAUGUCAGCUCACGAGCUGCACUAUACUGUAAAUAAGGCUAUCUCACAAGAUAUGAGGAAGAAGUCAUUCCUCCCAUACAAACAAGGGAUUUUAGGUCGCUUGGCAAUCAAUCCAACAGUUCAUGCACUAGCACAUGGUUAUGGUCUUUAGCUCAUCGUAGUUAAGA